UGUUUUAAAAACGGAAAACGAAAAAACAAGUGGUUUCUCGUUUUUUUCUCUUUGGUUUCACUACGAAAAACGAAUGAACGGAAGGUACACGGAUUUAAAACCUCCAACAAAAAAGGUAAAACGUGACAACAGAGAGACUGCAGAGAUUUUAGAAGCCAUCCUUGUGUUAUCUGGGAAACAUGAUGAGACUUUUCGGAAAAUAUCUGCUAUAGAAAAAACGACUGAGUCAACUUCGAAACAGAUGGAAAAGCUAACUGUGACCGUUAAGCAGCUUACUUUGGAUGUUAAACAACAGACACACACUGGAAGUCAUGAAAAAAUAGAUCAAUUUAUUGCAAGCAGAAAAUAAAACUCUGAAGGCAAACAUCGUUGACUGCCAGAGUUACAGCCGAAGAUGGUCCCUGAAGAUUCACGGCGUGAAGGAGGAAGAUGGAGAAAAUAUCAGAAGCAGAAUCAUCGAGAUCUUGGGUAAAGUGGCUCCUAAUAUUCGUGACAGCCUGAAGGAUGGGGUCGACAUCGUCCAUCGCAUCGGGCAACGACGACAAGACGGCUCGAAUAGAUCAACCAUCAUCCUUUUUGCAAUGCGUCGUUUUCGUGAUGCUGUCUGGAAGGAGGCAAGAGGCUCAAAGUUUCUUCUGGACAACAACUUAAGGCUCACCAAAGCACUGUCCCCUGAAGAGAAAGCAGCCAGAGAGAAGCUGUGGCCCUUGGUGAAGAAAGCGAGAGAAAAAGGGAAGAAGGCUUCUUUUCGCGGCCUUUUUGUCUUUAUAAACGGAAAGAAGAUUGAUUGUUCAGAGAAUGAAACUGUUGGAAAGAGGAGGGAAUGCAUCCUCAGGGCACUUUGCAUAUACCUGAACGAAGACCCGAACAUACUCUUCAAAGAAUACUUGGAUGCCGAUGUUGUAGCUGCUGAGAGGGAGCUAGAGCAACUCACCUUUGCCAUCUACAGCGUCAAUGUUGAGGGAGGGGAUGCCACCACUCCUCCAGCUGAUGUUGGAAUAGUGAUUGAGGGUGCUGAAAUACUACACAACUUGGGAGACAUCGCCUGUGCAUGUGCACUCUUAAUGGGUGUAAUAUAUGCACUGGACCUCAGUUAUCCCAAGGAACUGAAAGCCUUGUUUGAAGUACUUCAGAAUAUGUUCCUUCAAAUGGAUGCUUGCAGACUGUCAACAAAGGUACAGCUGCCCAAAAACAAACUGUACUGAUUUGGAUGUGAUCAGUGGCAAGGCUGUAGAGAGACCAUUAUUUUGUUAGAAACAAAUUUGAAGACUGUAAGUGAAGUCUGUUAGACCAUAUUGUCACAAAGGGAAGUUUGUCUGUAUUGUUAUUCUGCAUUAGGGAAGUUGACAACUGUUGGAGUGUUGGACCAUGUCACAAUUGUAAGUAUUGUUUAUUACAUGUAUGGCUGCAACUCACAUUAUUUCAUUACUUAUCGGUUCAAUUUUUUUUUAUUAGUUGUUUGGGCUUUUGGAAACUGACCCUUUCUGACAUUUUAUACACCAAGGUUCAAUCUAAAAUGUCUUAUUUUCACAGUUCACAAACAAGAUUGUUUACUGUAUGACUAAAGAAACAAGAAAAUAUUCUUAUUUAUGUUGGCUCUUUUCCUGUAAGUCAGAAUUAUUGAUACAUUUUCUGUCAAACAACUAAUCAAUCCACUAAUAUUUGCAGCUGUUAUUCCGUGUUAAACAUGU